CUCGUCGUGGAUGUUCUAUCUGAUAUCGCGUACGAUCAGCGGGAUUUUAACACGUGUGCGCGUUAUUUUGAACGAAGUGCUACGGGGGACGCUUCGACGUGUAGCGUGGGGGAUGAGGAGAUCCGCGAAAUGGUCGCAACUUCAUCGAUGCCUCUACGCGAGAGAGCGAUCGGCACGCUGUGCAGAAAGUUCUUCGCCGAGAGGCAGCAUUCGUACCGUUGAAAAAUUUUUUUUACUAGAAAACUCCUUGAUGAAAAGUCUAUACGAUGUGAUAAGCCUUGAUCAAUCGCGCGUGUCUAUUUCUCGAUGUAUACAUAUCGUUAUAACGUACACGUAUGAAUGUCGUGUGUAUGCGCGUGUGCUUGUGAUGCGUUGACGCGUGUGUGCGUGCGUGCGUACGCAUUUUUUACGUAAAUUGUGAUUAUUACUGCAAUUAAUAAUCGAUUUAAGAGACUGCUGUCGCGGCAUUGUAAAUUUUAGACAAUUACAAUAAAGAGACAGGACACGGCGGUGCCUCUCGCUCGUUUCAACGGAAGGAAACGUUCGUACGGUCGGAAGUGGUGCUGUGACGUGCAGCGUCUGUGUAUGUCCCGGUAUCGCUGUAAAAAUAAGAUUUCUCUCGAAGAUAUCUCAAACGCUUCAGCCCUCUUCUUACGGGCUCACUAGAGUACCGCGCGUUACUUGUGCUUUUUCUUUUUCGAGACACUUUACAAGACGUUUCCGCCAAAUUCUGCGCCCCCCCCCCNNNNCCAUAUAUACUCUUGUAAUUCGCAUUUUCGAUCGUUCCGAGCUUCGUGCCAAACCAACGUCGAAGCUAGCUGUCGAGCGAGUCGUGGAAAAAACGAAAUGUGCGACUAGUAAUGCGAUCCGGUUGCCUCGCGCUCCGGAAAUCGCCCGUUUCAUUCGAUCGCGAACAUUGUCGGGCGAAAUAUGCUCGAAUAACGAGUGAAAGGAUUCCAGAAGCGCCGUAUACAUGCAUGCAGAUCUAUAAAUGUAUACAAAUAUAUUUAUAAAUACGUGCUCGACCGUGAUCCCGUUAUUCCCGAACGCAUUUUGCCCGACAUUGUACGGAUGCAUGCAUGUAUGCACAUCCAUGAGAGAAUAAUAAUGUAACGCGAGUUUACAUAUAUAUAUAUAGCGCGACAUAUUUAACAGUGCGAUUUAAUUUACUGCUCUUACUGCGUAGUGGGACUUGGUCGACUGAGAUCUUUGUACGAUCUAUUCUAUUGUGAGUUCGCGUGUUGGAAGACUAAUGUGUAUAAAUAGAUAGCGCAUCUCUGGAAGCCCGCGGUCGAUCGUACUGGCAAAGUAACGCGUUAUUGCAUUGUCGCGACGCGCGCGCGUGUUUUUAUCUCGCCGAAUCCGCGGCGCGACGCACAGUCGUUCGUAGGUAAUUUUACACGUGAGCGAAGAAGUCACCACUGGCGGUGAGGUGAACUGAAAAAAAUUGAGAGCGCGAAGUAGCCGGGAAAGAGAGAGAGAGAGAGAGAGAGAGAGAGACAAUCGAUUUUGAUUAUUAUUACUGUAAAUACAAAUGUAAAUUUGAAUUUUAAGAGAUAAAGUGGAUAAAGCGAUAUUUAUUGCGAGCGGGAUAGUGAUUGUGAUCGUGUUAUUUAUUAUCAACCGGAGCAUAUGUUCAGCGCGAAAUUAAGAUAAGAGCGAUAAGGUUGAAUGAGAAAUUGUAAAUAAAUAUAUCAUUGAGAAACCGAGGUGUUUUGUACUUUCGUCUUUCGGGGGAACGAACCGAUUGCGAACCGCGCGGUUAAUCGAUCGAUCGGUCGAGAGUUCGGUCGAUACGCCAUGUUUGAAAAAUUCCAAUCGCAGCGCGGGCAACUUCGGGCGUGAUGCCGUAAAGUCGCCGGGCGUCGACGACUCGUUUCUCAUCCGUAAAAUGAACGUGAUACAGCCUGUGCCGCCGAGAGGACGACGCGGUUUCCCGAGGGGAAGGAUCGCGAUACCGAACGCGCAACGCUUCACAAACCUCUUCCCGAAGCACCAAUUCGAAGCCGGCUUUUCGAAACCUUCGACGAGCUCUGGACCGGCGAGUUCCGUCACGAAGACGCCGAGACGCAAUUGGGGACGUAACGUAAAGGAGAAUUGCGUCUCCACAUCGUCCUACCUGUCGAGCGUUUCUCGCCGUAGCACAGGAUCAACCAAUGCUGCGAAAUCGUCGGUCGGCACAUCCAGCCACGCGGAUUCUUCGGUGGUGAUAGCUUUAACGGCCGGCCGAGGCGACGCCAGGAACGAAGUUGGUCUGGCAGCGAUAGAUCUUCAGUAUCCGUAUUUGAUUCUUUGUCAAAUCAGCGAUUGCCAAAUAUACGUCAACACUUUGACGAAAAUUCAUAUUCUCGAUCCAAUAGAAAUAUUAAUGCCUGAAACGAUGUGCCAACGCCGGGGUUGCUUGAACAAGCUGUACAAAUUGAUUAAGGAGAAGUUCAACGCGCUGAAAAUCACGCCGAUUCUACGGAUGCACUUUAACGAGUCAAAUGGUAUGGAACGCGUGCGGACCCUAUGCGCGAAGGAGUACUCGAGCGUGGAGUUGAUAGUGAAACAAAAAUAUUACGCUUUGGCCGCUGCCGCGGCGCUGCUGAAGUACGUGGAGUACGCGCAGCACAUGGUUUAUGCGCCGAGAUCGGUAAGAAUGGAGUUUCAAGGAUCACCAAAUACCACGAUGAUCGAUAUAGAGAGCGCACGGAGUCUGGAACUAGUCGUGUCGCAGUCCAAGCAUUUCAUCGUCAGUCUGCUGGGCACUAUGGACCGCUGCUUGACCCCUAUGGGUAGAAGGCUACUACGCGCCUCCAUUCUCCAACCCCCUUGCGACGAGCGCCUGAUCGCGGAGCGGCAGUCUUGCGUGGCGGAAUUGGUCGCCAAUCGUUCCCUGUGCGCCAGUCUUCAGCCAGUGGUGCAACGUCUCUUCGGCACGGAUCGUUUGCUGACAUUAGCGAGCAAGCCAUUAAACACGAAUGACAUACAGAACGCGGAGCGAAACCUAAACUACGCGUUGCUCCUAAAAAGUUGCUUGGACACCGUUCCGGAACUGGAAGCCGUUCUCGCGACCGGUAUUCACACUUUCUUCGUAAAAAUGCGAAAAAAUUUAGGAAACUACGAGUUCCAAGUCAUGAAGGACAAGAUUAUGACGCUGAUACACACGGACGCGAGAUUCGUCAAGGGAUCCACCUCGUCGAGUGUGCAACGGUGCUUCGCUAUAAAAGCCGGUAUCAAUGAAUUGUUGGACGUCGCGCGGCAAGUUUACUGCGAGUUAAUCAACGACAUGAAAAACUUGGUGGAGGCAUCAGCUGUGAAACACAAGCUCCCGUUAUCUUUAGAAUACAACGUAAACUUGGGCUACCACAUUCAAAUGGUCGUACCGCGUUGCUUGGACAUCUCCGACUUGUCGACAGAAUUUAUUCAGGUACGAAAAAACCGAAGAUCCUUUACGAUGACUACGGCGGCGCUAUUGACUUUAAAUAAACAAUGUAGAAAGGCCUGCGAGGAGAUUUAUGUGAUGAGUAACACCUUGCUGACUCACUUACUGGAGGAUAUCAGACAACACGUCGGCUGCUUGUUUCAGCUGAGCGCCGACGUGGCGGAAUUGGAUUUGGUAUUGUCGCUGGCGCAAAUCAGUAGUAAUCCGGAAUACGUGCGACCGUCGUUCGGAAUGAAAUUAGAACUGAGAGAUUCACUGCAUCCCAUUAUGGAGUUAUUCAACACGGACCUUCCCGUGCCUAACGACGUAGAUGCAACGAACGCGUAUAAUUUUCAUCUGAUAACCGGACCGAACAUGAGCGGCAAAUCUACAUACUUGAAGCAAAUCAUUCUACUUCAAAUUAUGGCGCAGAUCGGCUCCUACGUGCCGGCGACGGAGGCGACGUUUCGCAUCGCGGACCGCAUAUUUUGUAGGAUAUGUUCCCGCGACGACGCCGAACUCAACGCGUCCGCCUACGUUCUCGAGAUGAAAGAGGCGCAGUACAUUCUGCAAUCCGUCACACCGCGAUCUCUUGUUGUUCUUGAUGAGCUCUGCCGGCACACUACGGUUGAGGAAGGCUCGGCCAUCGCUUGGUCGAUAUGCGAGAAAUUAUUGCUAACGAGCGCAUUUACGUUCGCGGUCACACACUUUUUGCACCUCACCGCGCUCCGCGAUAUGUAUCACAAUGUGACAACUCAUUGUUUCCAGACGAAAACAGCAGAAUCGGACGACUCGGGCCAGUUGCGCCUGAUAUACACACACAAAUUAAACAAUGGAACCGCACCCGCUGAUCAUUAUGGUAUCGCUUUAGCGGAGGUGUCCUCUCUACCGAAGUGUGUUACAUCUAAAGCGCGAGAGUAUGCCUCUCGGCAGUCAGCCGACGCACAGAGCAAUCUUCGCUCUGUCACAGACUACGUGUCGUGGGGGAAAUCAUGCUACGACGCGGCCGUUCAGUUGCACGUGCUACUGGAGAAUAAUCGAUUCGUCUUCGCGAAUAUUAUAAGCACCAUGAAGCAGUUGGAUCUAGGCAAGCAGCGUAAAACUUUAGUAUCCUGCGCAAAGACGCAGCCGACGUCGCAAGUCCUCGCACAACAACCAGCAGCGAACUCGCUCGCAACUCUACAGACGGCGCACGAAGAACAGCAGCACUGCCAAGAAGCAGCUGAGAAUCAUCCCGUAGAAACGUCCUUCGCGCCGAAGGACAAUCCGGCGCUCGUGGAACCAACGAAUCAACGAGGAGAACACCGAGCAGGUGCUUCCGGCAUAGAGUCUAACGCGAAGGAGUUCCCGAGAAUCGCCGGUGAGCCGGCCAACGAUCGGAACAAGGACUCGCCCGAGCCAGAAGGUAUCGCAAAUCGACGAGCGACGCUUCCGUUUCCGAACAACCUGGUGGAGGAAAGUUCAUCAGUCGUUAGUCCACGCGAUACCGUGAGCACAUCUUCGCCAAACUCCGCGAAUCUCCUGAGCGUGUCGCAAAUGUGCGGCGUGAACGCGAUGGAAACGAGUUCGCUUCGAUCGAUCAGCCACGGUAGCGUCACGGACGACCCCCUGUUUUACGUAUGCACGUCCUUCGCGAGGACGAGCAGCCAAAAGUCGACGAUGAUACUGUCCCGCUGUGAGAACAACUUAGAGUCGAAUCUCGACAUAAGCUCGUUACCGCCUUCCUUAUCUCUCCGAUCCUCCCAGUCGUUCCCGUAUCACGAUUAUUGUUUAUCCGAGAGGGAAUUCAACAUUACCCCGCCCUCGCAACCUCUGUCGACUCCGACUGAAGUGGCAAGGAUUAACGCGCGCGUCAAAGAAGCGGACAUUUUCCGGCAAAUCGAGGGCAGAGCCUUCGACGAAGCGGCUUUCUUCAAUAGCACACAGGUGCCCAUAAGGAUAAAUCUCACUAAUGACGACGACGUAGCUAUGUUACCCGCGUAACUCGUUUUAA